AUGCGGCAGUGCAUAUCGAGGUGUGGACAUAGUGUGGCAAGAGCUUGUUUCUGGAGCCACAUUUCUUCCUUUCUGGUAAAUCGUCGAUCGAGAAGCAGCACCACCGAUCCACCCGCCCCCUCCACUAUGGUGGGAUGUGUCGAGCAGGUCACGAUCACCGGCAAUGGCGAUAAAACGAGGGGUACGCCGAACUGUGCUUUUACUGUUUGCGGAAUGUCCAAACCCCCUUCCAUCAUUUUCUUCGGUGGUGAUAUUGUCUCGCUAGUAGCUUUGAAGGCUCUUCACAACCGCCUUCAGCUAAUCAUGGAUGCUCGUCCCCUUCAGGAAAAAGGGUGCAGCGCGGCAACCGGUAGCGAGAAAUCCCAACUUGUGGUUGUUUGUCCCUUCCUUCCUGCCGAUCCUUUCACAGUGUUCAAACAGUACAGGCGUCAAUACCCCGUGGCGCGAUACUGUGUAGAGCACGGCAUACCCUUAGUGCCUGUUGACCACCCGACGUCUAUGGCGAAAAGUAAAACACUGGAAUACCUGCUGCAUCCCAAGCAUUUGCCAACGCCUGUCAUUAGCGGUGUGGCGCAAGUCGAUCACAUCGCGGGGCGACCCCUGGAGAUGUUUGAUGUAGCAGUCGUGGUGUCGUUUCGGUACUUCCUGCCGAACAAACUACUUGAGAAAUUGAGAUUCACCGUCAAUUUGCAUCCCUCUUUGUUGCCGCGGUAUCGUGGCGCAAGUCCUAUCUUUGCUCCGCUGCUUCGGGGGGACGACAAGGGUGGUGUUAGCGUUAUCAAACUUCCACCGAGAGGGAUGUUUAUGGAUGGCGGAGAUGUGUUGCUUCAGCGAACUAUACCAAUACCACCGGAGAUGACCAUCCGAGAGUACUUUCCCAGCGUGACUGAGCAGGGCGCGGAAGCGCUCUGCGAGUGCCUAUUUGGUAAGGUCCCUGUUGCGCCUGCACUCAGCUCACCUCCAGGAUGUCUUCAUCUCGGCCCAGCAGUAGCCAGUGGCUACUGUGAUUGGCCACGGACAUUCAAUGCAUUGUGGAAUGCGGCGUGGAAGCAAGGGCACGACCUCCACUUCACAAAAGAUCCGUGGCAUGCGCCUCUUCUGAAAAGAGAAUCAGCCGUUAUUUACUGGCACAAAGUCACCGCGGACGAGGCCUACGGAAUCUGGAGAGCGUUUGUUGGGGGUGAGUACUUCAGUCCAACCAUCAACGCCACGUUAGACAAGGGUGCGACCCCCGUGCGAGGACAACUAAUAAAACGGCUGUUGUCCCGUACGGUAUGCGAACUAGAGAAACAAACGGUGUGGCACCGCGGUGAUCAACUCAGCGGAGAAAGGUGCAAUGAGGGACUUCCGAAGGAACAGCAGAGAGAUGGGCAUGGCGGCGGUGGGACGGACGAGGGAGGUAACGCAGUUCAGCGAAAAGACAUCACAGUGGCCAGCAGCAAACCGUCAGAAAAAGUAGACGAUGCCGAGGAUGCUGGGUCUCAUGACCAUUUCCGCCACCGUCUUCUCGUUAGGUGUACCUUCACGGAUGCUGUUUACCCUCAAGGCACCCCCAGCGCUGUCCAAUGGGAGCUUCAGCGAUUGGAGCAGGGGACUGUCACGCAUUUUCGGAACUUGCAUGACUGUGGCGACUGUGGCUCAAACGCCCCCACCACGGAAAGCUUUAUUGAGGCAGGCAGCGCUUACUUCCCCAAGUCGGCGGAGGACAUAUGUGCUGUCAAGUGUCGUGUAGGUUGGUUCCUAUGGAAUGCUGUUGUGUUGGAGGGGUCACGCAAGCAGUCAGCAGGGUUAUUGCGGAAAGGAAUGGCCAUGAAAACUGGAGUACUGUAUCCGCGCCUCUUCGUGGUCCAGGCAAAUGAUAAGGGCAAGUGCUCUUCAAGGGAUAUCGGUGGCCGUAGCGCUUCUAACGCAAACGCUACGGUAACUGCGUGUCGGAGCAACCUGGCAUCCUGUUGA